AUGGUCUAUAAACUAAGCAAGGCUCUUUACGGGCUUAAACAAGCGCCUAGGGCGUGGUAUUGUAAGAUCGAUGAUUACUUUGGGUCUCUAGGAUUUCAAAGAAGCAGCUGUGAACCCACAGGGUAUCGCCGAGGUGAUGAAAUUAAAGGUUUGUUAUUACUGUGCCUCUAUGUGGAUGAUAUCCUAUACAUGGGAUCAUCUACACAGAUGAUGGAGGAAUUUAGAGACAACAUGAUGGUUAAGUUCGAGAUGACGGACUUAGGACCUUUACGAUACUUUCUGGGAUUAGAAAUUCAACAGCAAGAAGGAUGUAUUCAUGUGAGUCGAGUGAUACUGUCGAAGAGUUGUCUGCUGAGAGGAGGGAUCUUUGAGCGUAAAAGUGCACCAACCCCGUUAAACACCAAUGAGAAGCUUCAACUGGAUGAUGGUUCUGGUAAAGCAGAUGAAACAAUCUUUCGAAGCAUGAUUGGGGGUCUUAUUUACUUGGGACACACUAGACCAGACUUGGGAUUUGCAGUUAGUUUGUUAUCUCGCUACAUGAAUGCACCAACGAAGACACACAUGGGAGUGAUGAAACGUAUAUUGCGUUAUAUAUCUGGAACUAUCGAGUUGGGAAUUCAGUAUACUCAUGUCUCUGAGUUUGGUUUGGUUGGCUUUGUUGACAGUGAUUGGGGUGCAUGUAUAGAUGACCGGAGGAGUACCACCGGCUGGGUUUUUAGCCUCGGGUCUGGUUCAAUUGCAUGGGCCUCAAAGAAGCAGGAUUCUACUGCACUCUCGAGUACAGAAGCCGAGUAA